AUGACUUCUCUCAUCGGUUCAUCCAAGCGACAUUACUUUCGUUUCUGGGAUUAUCUCUCUGAAGAGGUGAAAAAGAAAGGUGUACAAGACUCACCUACCAUGAUCGAGCCCAAGCCCGAUCUCGACCAAACACCCCAAGACAGCGUCGCUGAGACUGAUCGUUCGACCCCAUCCGACCAGCCAGCGAAGCCUCAGGCCAUUUCACCACAGCAGGAACUCAAUGACGUCUCGCCGUGCGAUUACCCUAUCGUUGAGCAAAUUUUACGACUUGGGGUUGAACGAUUGACGCUGGGUCCUUCAACAGCUGAGAAGAGGGCUCGGCGAGGAUGCGUUAUUGAUGAUGCUCAACCUGCUGCCAAGCGUCGUAAGCUUUCCGACGGCCGUUCCUUUCAUCUUUAUUACAAGGGUCGUAGAGGUUGA